GUUAUAUCUGUCUGUGAUAAAACAGCUGUGUAAUUGUAAUAUAUUGUAUGUUUUGUGUGUGGAAUCUGAAUUCUGAAAUCUCAAUCGGAAAAAAUAAAAGCAGAACGUGAAAUCUAUUAUUCCAAAUGAUUUUCUAAUUUCCUUAUUUCCACGGAACUAGCGUUCUAUUUCGCAGCUUUAUCGGGAUAUCCGUUUCAAUACAUCUGUGCGUAUUGCUCUGCAAUUUAUUCUUCAUUCAAUUUAAGGUUAGCCAACCAUCCACCCCUAUCAGCUGUUUCUCUCAUUAUUUGACCCAAUUUUUUGUUCAUUUUUUGAAUGGAAGAGUUAUAGAUUAUUCCUUUGAAUUUCUAAUUUCAAAUCCAUCCAAAAAGCGCGCCUGUUCCGUGAUGAUAAUGCCAAAAAUUAAAGAAUGUCAAAAAUUGGCGCAAUUUUGGACAUUCCCGCGUUAUUUAACGGUUGCCAACGACUUCGUGCUAGUUCAUCGCGAAACUUAUCGAAAAAUUUAAGGAAAAUGCCUUCAGUAAACGGUCAGCUUGUAUUAAAAUACACCAAAGUAGUUCCUGAUGCUUUUCCACCAACAAAAGGCUCCCUUAAAGCAGCUGGAUAUGAUUUAAAAAGCGCCUACGACACUGUAGUGCCGGCAAGGGACAAAGCCCUGGUAGAUACGGGUCUGAAGGUAGAAUUACCUGAAGGCUGUUAUGGGAGAAUCGCUCCUAGAUCGGGUUUGGCUGUCAAGAACUUUAUAGACGUUGGAGCUGGAGUUGUAGAUGAAGAUUACAGAGGUGUGCUGAAGGUAGUGCUCUUCAACCACUCUGAUAAGGAAUUUGAGGUCAAGAAAGGUGACCGAAUUGCUCAACUGAUUUGUGAAAGAAUCUACUAUCCAGAAUUGGAAGAGGUUCAGGAACUGACUGACACUGAACGCGGCGAGGGAGGUUUUGGAUCUACAGGGAAAAAUUGAGCUUCUUAUAUUACUCUUUAAGUUACCUUUUCCUACUUAAGCCCUAUUUUUAAUAGUAUUACUUAUUUUUCUCCAAAUGUGAUAUGUAUGGAGUGUCAGCUGUUUUUGUUCAACGGUAAAUGCAAACCAGUACGCUUUUGACGCCAUUUUUUAUUUUAGGUUUCGUUUUUCGGUGAUUGGUUUUCUCCUAAUUAAACGGUUUUAAGGUACAUACGUACUUUCAUUUUAUCCCAAAUCCACAUUCUGUUAAUUUAAAUGACAAAAGAAUAAAUAUUAUUUAAUUUCUGCAAUAUUUUGCUGUCCGAGUGUU